AUGGACCCUUAUCUGGGCAUCUUCUUCCUCACUCCCUUCUUCCAGUCCUGCUAUGCCUGGUCAGUGAAUAAUUUCCUGAUGACGGGCCCCAAGGCCUAUCUCAUCUACUCCAGCAGUGUGGCGGCGGGGGCGCAGAGCGGCAUCGAGGAGUGCAAGUUCCAGUUCGCCUGGGACCGCUGGAACUGUCCGGAGAGGGCACUGCAGCUCUCCAGCCACGGCGGGCUGCGCAGUGCAAACAGAGAAACAGCCUUUGUCCACGCCAUCAGCUCUGCGGGUGUCAUGUACACACUGACCCGGAACUGCAGCCUGGGGGAUUUUGACAACUGUGGCUGUGACGACUCCCGCAAUGGACAGCUGGGGGGACAAGGCUGGCUGUGGGGAGGCUGCAGCGAUAAUGUGGGCUUUGGGGAAGCUAUUUCCAAGCAGUUUGUGGAUGCCCUGGAGACUGGACAAGAUGCCAGAGCUGCUAUGAACCUGCAUAACAACGAGGCAGGUAGAAAGGCAGUGAAAGGGACCAUGAAGCGGACUUGCAAAUGCCAUGGUGUGUCGGGGAGCUGCACCACCCAGACCUGCUGGCUGCAGUUGCCUGAGUUUCGGGAGGUGGGCACUUACCUCAAGGAGAGGUACCACAAAGCCCUGAAGGUGGACUUGCUGCAGGGAGCAGGGAACAGCGCUGCCAGCCGGGGUGCCAUCGCUGAGACCUUCAGUUCCAUCUCCAAGAAAGAACUGGUCCAUUUGGAAGACUCUCCUGACUACUGCCUGGAGAACAAGACGCUGGGGCUGCUGGGCACGGAAGGCCGGGAGUGCCUGAAGAGGGGCAAGGCACUCAGCAAGUGGGAGAAGCGGAGCUGCCGGCGGCUGUGCGGGGACUGCGGGCUGGCGGUGGAGGAGAGGCGAGCCGAGAUGGUGUCCAGCUGCAACUGCAAGUUCCACUGGUGCUGCGCCGUGCGCUGCGAGCAGUGCCGCAAACGGGUCACCAAGUACUUCUGUGUCCGCAAGGAGAAGCGCGAGCGGAGCGGGGGUGGCGGAGCCAGCCGCAAGCUCAAGAGAAAGCUCUAA